AUGUUGCAAGUAGCAACACUUCCGUACCUAUGCAUCAUCGAGAUUGCCGAGAAUUUUCAUAACAAUCGUCAAUCCUUGCGUUCUUGCCUUUUAAUCAACAGACACUGGUGUCGAAAUAUUGUUCCAAUAUUAUGGCGAGAUCCGUUUCGAUCAAUCCCUCUGGUAUCAUCAAUUCACCUGAUAAACUCGUAUCUGCAAUGUUGUUCGAACAAGGAGCUGGACGAAAUCUUGAGUGGAUCAAGCGAUUUCAUACGUUCCUCAAACGUCCCCUGCUUCGAUUACCCUCAAUACCUGAGGACGUUAAACGUUUCUCGAAUAGGAGCGGCGGUCCGGCACUGGCUAAAAUUUUCAUCCAAGACUCUCCUCAACCAGCGAGAAAUUCCUGCGUGGGAAGAAAAACAAAAGUCAUUUUGCAGAUUCUUCACAAAUAGAUCAUCAGCCAUUGAUCAUGUCAUUGUGGACAUGACCCUACGAUCACCAAGGAAUGAAGCGUCAAUUUCCGAAAUUUUCUCAUACCCGGGUGCAAAACUGAGCAUAUCCCAUUUGAGGGAAGUCGAAUGUUAUGGGAUGUUUGAAAAAACCGAAUUACUUCAACUCCUGUCGAAAACUUCAAAGGGAAUACGUAAAUUAUCUGUGUCCAUCAUACGAACGGAAGGCGAAUUGUCAGCCUUGGUCGCGCUCAUACAUGCUCAAAUUCGUUUAUGUGACGUCACCUUGGCUGACUGCUUUGACACGGCCGAGAUGGUUGUCAAGGCACUCACGAGUUGCAAGUCAUCGUUGAGACACAUUAGGCUACUGGGUGGCGUGUUCGAUUGUCAAGAUCUUCGAUCACUGCUGGAAUGUGAUCAGAUGGAGACACUGAUGAUAGCCGAUUGCGCUAUCAGUACAAGUUUGAAGUGUAGCUCCGGUGACACGAGAAAAAUUCCGGAACUGAAAAAAUUACGCGAGAUCACAAUCCAAGACACCUUUGUCCCGAGGGGUCUGCUCGUGCUCUAUCUGCAAGCGGCCAAUUCCAGCAUUCGAGAGGUCUCUUUGAGUGAACUGAUAACAGCAGAUACCAACGAGAUUAUUCAUGCCAUCGCCUCGUAUUGCCCAAAUCUCCGAGUGUUCAAAUUAUCAAUAGAUCACGGACAAUUCAAUAUCCUCUACCGCCUGCUUGAAUCCUGCAAGAAGUUGAAGAAUAUUUCCAUUGAUAGCAUCGCGGAAGAUCAAAAGGGUUGGCUUGAGAUUGAUAGGGAGAGUGAGGUUGAUGCGAACGAAAUUCUACCUUCGCUUGGGAAACAUAUCCCAUCGUCAUUGAGAAUCCUACGAAUAUGGUCAAAUUGGGUAUUUACCCCGGAAAGCCUUGAACAAUUUUUCAUCAAUUCCGUGGCAAAAAUAAAAAUCCUGGAUCUUUCUUAUUGCGAGUGUAUAAACGAUCAACAUCUUGAAAUCCUUUUAAAGUACGCAAAAGUGGGAACAUUAAAAGGCCUCUACGUGGAUCGAGCACGACAUUUAUCGGCGGAAGCGGUGGACUACGCAGGACAAUUCAUAGACAUUUGCUGA